CUAGGAAUCACCCGGCGGCUCGCACACGCAGCCGUACGAGUCACUGACGCGUUUACGCGACGUUAGCGGUGGAACACGGACACCCCACGAUCACGCCGGGGCGCUUUCCGCCUCCAAACGCUCGUAAAAUACACGCAGCAGCCACCCUGGGAGCAAUGGACCAAAAUGACGCGACGCGCUGGACGAAUCUCGGCGCCUCACUCCUGAUCAUUCUGGCGGGAGGCACGGUAUACGCCUUCGGCGCGUACUCCGAAGCGCUGAAGAGGAAGCUCCACCUGACCCAGGCCCAACUCGAGCUUGCUGCUUUAUGUGGCAACCUGGGGAACUAUCUCGGGACGGCGGGCUUCUUCUACGACCGUUAUGGUGCGGUCGCCUCCGCGAAAUUCGGCGCGACGCUGAUUGGUCUCGGCUACGGGCUCCAGUGGCUCCUCUGUGUGUAUUUCGCGAGUGAACACGCCAUUGAGUUCCUAUGCGUCUUCUGCUUCGUGUGGGGCCACGGGAGCGGUUACCUGGACUGCGCGGCGAUUGGGAGUGGUGUCCGGGCGUUUCCGAGGAGACGAGGGGCUGUUGUGGGGUUGCUCAAGUCGUUCUACGGCCUGGCGUCCUCUCUGAUAAUUCUGGGCGCGGCGCCGUGGUUAUCAGGCGUCAAUUUCAUCGUCGCGCUCGCGGUCUUCGCGGGCGGCUUGCCUUUGUUGGCUCUCUGUAAAUUCGAAGACGUUCCAGACCGCGCGCCGGAGGGCGACGCCGUCGAUGCUGUGGCCGCGGGCGUCCUCUCUUCGUUAUCAAUGCGCGUCGUGGGUUUCGCGCUGCUGGCGUUGUGCAUCGCCGUUUUGCGCGUGAUAAGGCCGCCGUCAGCGCUGGGUUUUAAUGUUGCGUUCUCGCUGGUCAUCGCGGUGGGUCUGGCGUGGAUCGUGCGCGCCGCCGCGCGGGAGCACAAGCGCGAGGACGGCCUCUACGAGAACCGGGAGGACGAGGAAGAAGAGGACGCCGCCCCGACGCCCACGACUCCAGAGCACGACUCGCGGCCCUGCGCGACCCUAGGAUCGCCGAGCUAUUGGCUCCUGCUCCUCGCCAUCUUGCCGGGCACCGGCAUGGGUUUGAUGACGAUCAACAACCUCGGCCAGAUUAUAUCGGCGCGCGGCGGCCAGGCGUCGACGCAAAGAGCUGCUACCGCCGUCGUGAGCGUCGCGAACGGCCUCGGGCGGCUGGGCUGCGGCGCGCUCGCGGAUAAGAUUGUACAACGGGGCCGGCCCCGCGCCGUGCUGCUCGUGGCGGCGGACCUGGCAGGUGCGCUGGCCAUGUUUUUGUUUUUUGUGUCUGGGACCUCGGUGCCGAUGGCAUUAAUAGCUGCGGCGGUGUCCGGGGCGGCGUACGGGGCCAUCUGGACGCUGAUUCCCACGCUCGCCGCGGAUUUGUUCGGGCGGAAGCAUUUUGGUGCUAAUUACGCCCUGAUCCUCCCGGCGGUGAGUCUGGCAGCGAUUUUGUUUUCCACCUUACUGGCGCCGGCGGUCUACGCGAGGCACGCCGACGACGACGGCUGCGCCGGCGCGGCCUGCUUUGGCACGACGUUCCUGGCCACGGCGGCGGCGUGCGGCGGCGGCGCCGUCAUGGCUCUUUUGUUGGGAGUCCGGUCGCGGAAGCGCUACGCGCGCGCCGCGGAGCCGCCGGAGUCUUUGCUCGCCGCGGCGCGGACGGGGGAAACGGUCGUUUGAUCGAUCGUGGUUUUUGUUUAAUGAUG